AUCCCGGCUGUCCAAUCAGAGCAAAGGAAGUUGAGCUUCCGGGAAUGUUUGGUGAUGUGGCUAUGCUCUGACAUCCAUCCGGGGAAAUAUAUCAAAUCAAAAGCAGAUACAUUCACCAGGAAAGCACUCGCAUAGUGCCAUCUUUAUGUUGAGCCGUCUGGCCACAGUCCUCCAGGAGCUCUCUGGAGAGGAGGGCCCAGAUGGAGACCCACAGGGCAUGCUGGUGCCUCAGCUCCCUGCCGGUGAGGACCAGGCUCCAGUGGAGUCUGAGGCUCCUGAGGAGGCGAUGGAGAGGCUGGCUCACUUGGAACAACUUGUGGUCCAGCUGAAGGAGCUCAUCCGCGACAAAGACACCCAGCUUAUACAAAAGGACACUGAACUGUCUAACAAAGAUGCACGGCUCAAGAAUGAGAAAGAUGAAGCUGAAGCUCGCUUCACCAAACUCAAACUGCAGGCUAAAGCCAAGAUGGCUUCACUCAACAAACAGAUUUCUGAGUUGAAAGGACAUGGAGGAGCAACACAGAGUCCAGACAGCUCUUUCACAGGUGCCGCAGUCGAGGAGGAUCUCCAAGAACUUAAGAACAAGCUGAGCGCGGAGGAAGCCGACCGCAGAGCGCUGCAAGAGCGACUCCAGACCACAGAACAGCUCCUUCAAGAGAAGGAAUCCGCCCACGCUGCACAGUUGCAGAAACUGCAGGCUGUGGUCUGUGAGAAGGAUGUGCGUUUCCAGGAACAGAUCCAGAAACACGAAGAAGAGCUGCUGAGGGUCACAGCACCGUCUCAGAGGGACAGCGAGCUUCAGCAGGCCCUGCAUGCAGCACAGAGGCGUUGUGAAGAGCUUGAGGAGGCCUUAAGCUCUCGGUCCCAAGUGCUGGAAAUGCUGCAGCAGGAAGUGAGCAGUGCUGAUCAGCAGAAACAGAUCUUGACUGCUCAGUUCCGGCAGAUGGAGCAAGAGCUGGCCAAUGACGCCAAGCAGAGGGAGGAAGAGAGGCAGCAGUGGGCCGAACAGGCCAGCAGGGCCCAAGCAGAAGUUGCAGCCCUCCGAACCAGCUUGGAGGACUUGGAAAGAGAAAGAACGGUGGUGGCCAGACAAGAGGGCGAGUUGGCCUCCCUGAGAGAGGCAGAGCAUGCUAGUCAGGAGGCUCUGGGAAAGGAGAAGAUAGAAGUUGCCAGAUUGGAGAGACAACUGUCUCUGAUGAAAGAGGCUGAGCUUGCCGCCGUCCAAGCUAGACAUGAUGCUUUAGAGAGCGCUAGAUUGGAAAUAGUUCGGCUCGAAAGUGAACUUGCCUCUACGAGAGAGGCAGUUGUCAGUGCCAGCCAGGAGGCCUCAGAGAGAGUGAAGUCAGAAGUUGAUAAACUGGAGCGAGAGCUGGCUUUAAGUAAAGAGAAACAUGAAGAAGUCCAGAAGAAAUCAGAAAUCUUGGGUGAAAUUUGGAGACAUCUACGUUCUUUGACUCUUGAAGAUGUGCAAGCAGCCGAUGAAGUCCCCUUCCCUGCUGAAUUUUCCCUGUUCCUGGACACUGUGCAGUCUUUUGAGGCACAACUGACAAAGCUGAAAGAUGAACACAGGGAGAGUAAAGAACAUUGUGCCGAGCUCACACACACCAUGGAAACCCUUCAGGAACAACUCGACAGAAAAACCACAGAACAGGAGGAAGCCACUGCCAAGAUACAACAGCUGGAGCUGCAAAUUCUAUUGACAUCUGAAAGAGGUGAUAUGACUGGACCGGAUGCACAGGAUUUAUCUGAAGCAAAUGAAGCACACAUACUGCAAUUGGAGCAGCAGCUUUUAGAAAAAGAAAAUGAGCUGGUUGCCUUACGAGAAUCCCUCAGACUGGCUGAGGAGCACAGCUCCAGUGGGGUUGCAUCAUGUGAAAACUACAGUCAGACUCCAGAUCAGGUUCAGGAUGCCAGUACAGCCCCACAUAACAGUUGUGCAGCCCUUCCUGACUUCAUGGAUGACACUCAAGAAGAGGACACUACCUUAGUUGCUCAGGACACCUCAGUCCUCUCCAUUCCUGCUGAUAGUGAGAGCAGCCCAGAGCUUAUUGGAAACCAGUCUGAGUCCCCAGAAGAAUCCAAAGGGACCUCCUCAGAUGAGAUGGUUGCCAGCAGUGAUUCAGAGGUGGCCCACAGCAGCUGGACCCUCCUGGAAGCUGUCAAUCAAGAUGGAGGCCAGGAGUGGCCAUCCAUCCUGCAGGAGUUUGGCCAGUUGCAGCUGCAGUCAUGGGAGGCAACGAGCAUGGAGCAGGAAACAUCCACAGUUCAAGUUGAGUCGUCCUCUGUCAUCAUCCGAGAGACGGUACAAGUUCAUCUAACUCAGCAGACAUCUUCCACCACAGAUGGCAGCGUGCCCUCUGGCCAGGUCUUUGCUCAGGCCUUGGCUGAGGAACUUCAGAAGAGGUAUAGUGAGCUUUUGGCUGAGCUUCAGGGGCUUAGAGAGGCAGCUGCAGAGUCACAGGAGAAAAUCAAAAACCUGGAAGAAGAAACGCAAUGCCUUGCUGCUGCCAAAGAAAAGGCCGAGUCCCAGGCCAAUGGUUUUACAGAAGAACUUAAUUUAGCCAGAGAGGAGCUGGACAAGCUCUCUCAGCAAAGCAGCUCAGUGGUGGAGAAACGCAGUGUUGAAAUGCAGCUUCUAGAAGAACAGUUAGACAUGUUAAGCACUCAAAAUAAAACUAAGGAGGAGAAGAUCCAGGCCCUACAGACAGAACUGGAUAUGGCUCGUCAAGCUUUCAGUGAGCAGGAGGGGCAGGCCAGGAUGCUGAGUGCUCAGCUGGAGGACAGAGAGCUCCUUUCCUCUGAGCUUGAAAAGAGGCUGCAAGACAUGGAAAACAGCAUGUUGGAAUACUCUCAAACAUCAGAGCUCAACAAUGACACUUUGUCAAAGAAGGACUCUGAGAUCAGUGAGCUACAGCUUAUUCUCAGCCAAAAAGAGCAAGAAGUAAUGGAGCUUAAUGACAGCAUGUCAGCUAAACUCCUCCAAGCAGAAGAAGAGAAGUUCCAGAUAGGUAGUGAAGUCAACAAACUGAAGGGGCAGAUAGUGGACCUUGAGAAAGUCAGAGACGAGAAACAGAAAGGGAGUUCUGAAGACUCAGCUGCUCAUGUAGGUGAUGAACUUGAUAGUAUGCGAAAGGAGAAAGGAAUGCUGGAAAGCCAACUGACAACCACAAAGAAAAAGUUGCAGGCUGCACUUGUGCAACGCAAAGAUCUCAUGAGGAAGGUUGCUGAAUUUGAGGUAGAAGCAAAGAAAUGGAAAGAGCGAGAUGAAACUGCAAAGACAGAAUGUCCCGCAGAAAUUCCGGAGGUAGAACAAUCUAGAGCAUGUGAGCUUCAGGAAAUGGCGGCUAAAGUCAUUGAACUUGAGCAAGCUUUAAGGUCCAAAGAUGAGGCAGUUGAAACUCUUGAACAGAAAAUUAGCUGGCAGGAUCAAGUUCUCAGUGAGACGCUUGCUCUGAAUAGAAAGCUACGUGAAGAAGCUGAAAACUCUCAGCAGGCUGACAGUUCAUCUGAAACAACAGUGUUACAAUCCCAAGUGGUCUCUCUUGAAGCAGAGUGUGAAACCCUUCAGAAAAAAGUCCAGGAGGCCCAAGAAUCUCGCAAGGAAACCAUCCGCAAAGCAAAAGAGAAAGAUAGGCACCACCGUGAACAGCUGAAGCAGCAGAAAGAAGAAUACAGCGAGCUUGUGGAACGUUUUCAGGUGCAGAGCGGCGAGCAAGAAGUUCUUCUCACUAAAUUGAGAGCGUUAGAAGAAAAAGUGAGCACUGAUAGAGAAUCUUGCCAAGAGACCAUCCAACUGGCUGAAAAUGUGGCAAAGCAAGCAGCAGGUGAUUGGGUCCAGGAGGAUUGGGUGGAUUUUGCCACAUCUGAGACUGAUUCAUCGCAACCACAAUCCAGCGAUCCAGUUAAGCAUCCUGCAGAGCAGUCUGACCUCCUUUCUGCACAAAUGGAGGCCUCUGUGAAAGCUCUCAGAGGAGAGAUCCAGACUGUGCAAAUGGCAAACACAGAGCUAGAGAAGCAGCUGCAGGAAACCGAGGCCAGUUUGUCACUAAAGGAGGCUGAAUUAUUGGAGUUGGGCAAAGAGCUACAAGCAUUACGAGAAAAGGAAAGGCAGAUUGGUGCACUCUCAGAGGAAAUUAAUGAUCUUAGAGAAAAGUAUCACCAGGCUGAGUCUUAUGCUGAAACCUUGAAAGCAGAGAUGGACGCUGCCGCCCAAACAGAAUCUGCAGAUUCUACAUUCUCAAUUACAACUCUUCAGGCUGAAGUGGAGGACUUUAAGCAGUUUCUCGUCAGUAAGAACCAUGAAAUCCUGGAGCUAAGCCAGCAGCUUAGCGAGCAGAACUCUCUCAUACACUCAAUGCAGGACACAGUGACUCAGAAGGAUCAGGUGAUAUUUUCUUUACAGGAAGAACUGAAGGCUGAGCAAGACAAAACCCAAAGGUUAGAGGUUAAACUUCCACUGAAGCAAGAGGAAGAAAAAGACAGCGAGGCAAAGAACCAGCAGCUACAACGGAAACUUCAGGCUGCCCUGAUCUCUCGCAAAGAGGCUCUAAAAGAAAACAAAACCCAGAAGGAGCAACUAGCUUCAACUGAGAAGCUCCUAGCUGAACUGCAACAGAAAAUGGAGUCAGCACAAGAUGAGCUGGAGAAGCUGAGAGCGGAAAAAGUUCGACUGAUUGACGAAGUUGACCGGACAUUACUGGAAAACCAAAGCCUAGGAUCAUCCUGUGAGAGCCUCAAACUGGCAAUGGAGGGCAUACUGAAUGAGAAAGAUGCCUGUAAGAGAGAAGUGGAGCAAGCGAAAGAAGAAGCUGCCAGGACCUGCAGAGAAUGGGAGGAAAAGGUUCAAGGCAUGAAGGACGAGUACGAGACUCUGCUCAAGUCAUAUGAAAAUGUGAGCGAUGAAGCAGAGCGAGUGAGACGAGUCCUUGAGGCUGCCAGGCAGGAGAGACAAGACCUUGUGGCCAAGGUGAGGAUGCAGGAGGCUGCAAAGCAGGAUGCCGAAAGACGGGCUGAAGAGUCGCAGAAAGAGGUGGAUUCAGUAAAAGACAAAAUGAGAAAGUUUGCCAAAACAAAGCAGCAAAAAAUAAUGGAGUUAGAGGAGGAGAAUGAGAGACUCAGUGAGAUGCAGGACAAGAAUGUAAUAAAACGAGAGGACAGGGCUCUCAAAGCUGAGGUGGAAAGACUUCACAAUGAGCUGGGGGCUUUGAAAGCUGAGUUGGAUGCUACAGUGGCAGAAAGAGACUCUUUAGGGCAGCAGAUUAAAGAGUUGAGGGGACAACUUGCCCAAACAGGAAAGAAAGAAGACAAUGUGGUUCAUGCUACUGUUGUAGAAGAGGUUAUCACUGCCCAGCAAUCACACUUAAUCAUGGACAAACCAGAGCCCGUUGAGGGUCAGUAUGAAGACAAAGAAGAAGACACAGCAGCUGACCAAAUAGCUGCAGGGCAUGCACCAGAAACACAUUCACAACCUAUUGAGGAAAAAGAAAAAGCAGAAAUGAUUGAAAGUGUUCAAGUUCUAUUAGAAGAUAAAAUAAGGGAGAUGGAGGCAGCUGUUGAUGCAGAGAGGGAGCUGUGGCAGGAACAGGAGGCCAGACUCAAAGCUGAGCUGGCCUCUCUUGAGCAAGAUCUUCAGGAGAGUAGAGAAAAGGAGAUUCUUGAGGGUUCAAAGAGGGAAGCCCAGUUUAAAGAGCUGCUCAGAAGCCUUGAAACGGAGAAAGAUAACCUAGAGGAGCGCCUGAUGAACCAAUUAGCUCAGCUCAAUGGCAGCAUCGCUGGCUACCAGCAAGAGGCAGGAGAGAACCGGGAGCACCUGGCUGAGCUGCAGCGGGAGGUGGAGAGGCUGGAGAGGGAGCGUGCCGAGCUAGAAGCCAAGGCUCAGAGUGAGAGUGACCGGGCUGCCAGGCUGGAGGAGGACAUGAGGCAAGCCCAGAGAGAAAGAGCUGAAGCUGAAGCAGAGUCUGGUAAGCAAAGGGAGCUGGAGCAACAGCUGAGGUCUGCUCAGAGGGUCAGAGAAGGCAGCCAGAGCAGAGCACGUCAGCUGGAAGAACUAUUGAGGGAGAAGCAGCUGGAGGUCCGUCAGCUGCAGAAGGACUGCAUCAAGUACCAGGAGAGGAUCAGCGAACUAGGUAAAGAAGCUAAGGCGCUGCAGCAAGGCCAUGAAGAGCUCUACAACAAACUAGAGCAAUCACAACUGGAGACUUCCAAAUCUGUUGAAGACCUGAAAAGGACUCAAUCAGAGUUGGCUAGCUGCAAAUCACAGCUGGAUGAGGCUCAGAAGAAGGCAAGCGAGGCUUUAGCUGAGAAAACAACCCUUGAACAGAAUGCCCAACAGAGAGAAGCCUCGAUGAAAGCAGAGGCAGAGCAAACCCUUGACUCCGUUAGAUUUAGGCUUGGAGCUGAACUGAAGGAGAUGGAGCUGAGACUGGAAGAGGUGGACCGAGAAAGAGACAGGGAAGAGGAAGCCACUCUGGAGGCCAGAGAGGUCGCAGAAGCAGCUGAGAGACGGGCCCAGGAGAUGCAAGCCCGCCUGGACGAGUCUCUGGCCAGGUUAGCCGCUUUCUCACGCUGCAUGUCCUCACUGCAAGAUGACCGUGACAGAGUUUUGGACGAGACCCGGCAAUGGGAGACUCGUUUUAAAGAUGCUCUGCAGGGUAAGGAAGCCGAAGUUCGGGAGGCUGAAACACGGGCCAAGGAACUGGCAGAACAGCUUCAGAGAGAAUCUUCUCUGAAAGAGGAACUUCAGCUUUCAGUCGACAGACUAGAGAAAGCAAUCAAAGAUUUGCAGCUGAAACUGGAAGAGGAGGAAAAGAAAGUCACAGAAAGCAAAGCUGCCCUUGAGGAGGAGAGGAGCAAUCUUCGGAUAACUACAACUGAGCUGCAGUCUGCACAAAAUGAAGGCCAUGCUCUGAAAAAUGAGAUGGAGAGUCUUAUUCAGAGGGCCAGAGCUCUAGAGGAGGCUGUAGGUCAUCUGCAGGGUGAAGUCGACCAGGCCAGGACUGAGCUAAGGGAGAGGGAGGCAGAAGAGAGGCGUCUGUGUCUGAACGUGGAGCAACUAGAGACAGACCUGAGGUCCUCUAAGGCCUUGACAGAGACGCUGCAGACUGAGUUAAAUGAAAAGGAAAAGCGAGAGGUGGAAAUGCUGGGGGAAAAGGAGCAAGCUGUUACUCAGGCUGCAGAGGAGGCUAGAAAGGAGGCCGACAGCAGGGCACAAGAGGCUGAGAAGGAGCUGGAGCAGAGAAGAGGGGAAGUGCGGGAUCUGGAAGAAAAACUGCGAAAGGCAGAGGAAGAGAGCAACAACAGAAAAGCCAGACUGGAUUCUUUCAUGAAGGCCAUGGGCUCCUUGCAGGAUGACAGAGACAGAGUCCUUAACAUGUACAAACAGCUGGAGGAGAAACACCUGCAGGUGAUAAUGGAAAAGGACGGUCUGAUCCAAGAGGCGGCAGGGGAGAACAACAGCCUGAAAGAAGAGCUGCGCGCUCUGCUGGUCCAGAGAGAUGACCUGUAUGCUGAAAAGGCCCAGCUGUCCGCUCAGCUUCACGGCUACCGUAACGAACUUAACCAAGUCCUGAGCAUGAAGGACUCCCAACACAAACAGCUUCUAGCAGCUCAACGAGAGCGUAUUGCCUCUCUGGAAAAGGAACGCGAUAAAUUGGAAAGUCAGGUAAAGAAUGUGAGCAGAGCCAGAGAGACAGGAGUAGAAGAAGUCAGAGUGGAAAGCGAGACUCUUAGCCAGGCUGUUGACAUUAGGACAGCAUCACAGGUGAUAGAUGCUCCCGGUGCAGAAGUUGAGAAGCUGAGGGAGCAGCUGCAAGCAGCGAGAGAACAAGUGGAGGCAUUGGAGGAGAGGCGACUCAAGGAGAGCCAAGAGCAGGUGAGCAGGAGCAAAGAGCUAGCUGAGCUGCGAUGGGAGGGAGGUGUGAUGCGGACAGAGUCAGAGAGUGCUCAGGAGAGGGUGGCAGAGCUGGCCAGAGACUUGCUGGCUGUCGAACAGAAUCUGUUACAGGAGAAAGAGGCAACGGCGCAGCUAAGAGCAGAGAACCAUUCAUUCUCAAAAGCCAUGGCCUCCCUGCAGGACAGCAGGGACCAGGCGGAAAGCAAGGUCCAGGAACUAAGCCGGAAGCUGGAAGAGGUGAGCAAGGCAGGUGGCCACGCAGCACACAACAGCCCUGGAGGCUCCACUGGUGAAGUGUGGGGGCUGAAGAACGCACUACAAGCCCUGCAGAAUGACAGGGAGAGACUGCUGGAGCAGCUUCAAACCCAGGCGUCUGAGCUCAAGAAGCAGAAGUUAGAGUUGGCUCGACUGGGAGCAGGAGAGCUGAUUAAAAUCAGCCAGGAGCUGUUUGAGGAGAAGAACAAGAAUGAAGACAUACUGGGUGUCAUAAUGCAGCUAGAGAAGGUGGUAGAAAUGGGCAAGCUGGAAAUAGAAACUCUCAGACUGGAGCGUAUCGACUGGAUGGCUCAAGCAGAGCAGCUGAAGCAGCAGACCCUCGCCACACUGUCGGAGAGGGACCAACAACUGCGGCAACUCACCGCCAUGCUGGAGGAAGCCCACGCCGACAAGCCCAAACUUCAGCAGGAACACUAUCAGAGAGAGGGCACAGAGGAAGUGGACAGUGCUCCUGGAGCCCCGCAGGAGCGGAGUAGCCUGGUAGAUAGCCCUGCAUACGUAGCUGAGGUCAAAGAGCUACAGAGAAGGCUGGAUGAAGAGAUGCAGCGGAGAGUGGUUGCUGAGGAGCAGCUAAUGGACACACAGGAUCGACUCAAACGUCAUAGCCAGGCUAAAUGGCACACUGCACAAGAAGAGGAUCACUCAGAGACUGCUGUUUUUAUCGAGCCGGAAGGAGCUGUCACUCGAACUCGGAAAGGUGGCCCUGGUUUGGUGCGAAUGCUCAGAGUGGCCUUCUGCUCCCGCCAGCGUACCCCUCUGCUGUUCAGCCUCUAUCUGCUCACUGUGCAUGUCCUGCUGCUGCUGUGUCUAGGCGGAUACCUCUGAAACCAAAAACAAAAACCUGAAAGAAAAGAGAGAGCUAGAGAGAGAGGAGGGGAAAGAAAAUGGAAAUGUUGCACAGACCUAACCCAAGCCAUCAGUUUGUUUCAUUUUGUAUAAGGGUGUGAAGGAUCUUCUACACCCAAAUGUUGCACUUUAGAGGACUUCAUCUUCUAGCCAAAGUAUGUCGAUUUAUAUAGGAUGUUGUUGUCAUUGGUUUAAGUCUUAUGACUUUGAAGGGAAUUUAUCCUUUUUUUUUUCCUCAAAACAAGUUUCUUCCCAAGAGCAUUUUUAGCGGUUAAGCACACAAGAUAAUGUGUUAAUUAGUCAUCUGUAGAGGUGCUUUUAGGGAGAUUUGUUACUGUUGGACAGAGCGAGCCUAGUUUAUUAGAGUGGUAUCAAUCUUGUCUCUGGCAAAAAAAGCAAUUAAGCAUAUUUCCCAAGAUGUGGAACUAUUCUUUUAAGAUGGCUUGAGGUUCAGUAUGUGCUGUUAUAGCCCAGUCUCUUCCUCUUCUACUCAUUUCAUGCAUAAAAACGGAGCACGGUGCAAUUUCUGUUCUUACACAUUCCUAUCGUCUGUUUGCUUUUCUUUUCCUCUAAUAUAAAUCACAUUAGAAAAGGGACUGAUAUUUGUACAUUAUGUACAUGUAUUUGUAAGUCAUUUGGAUGUAGGUUUCCCUCUUGUGUAUCCAACAAGAUUCCCUGUCCAUGAUUCUGUUGCAUAGAUUUAGAUUUUACAGUUCGCUCUGUAGUUUUUUAUGGCAGAGGAAGCCGUUAUUCUGGUGCAAUAUUGCCACAGUGUGGGUUCAUUCCAGAGGAGAAAGACUGCUGUGUUUUCUAAUGAUAUCUAUGCCAUUAUAAACAAUUCUGAUGUAGCAUAAUUUAUUGCCCAUAACAGUUAGAAUGAUUCACUACCUACAUAUACAUUGACAUCAUCCUCUUGAUUCUUGUUUAUUUAAUCGCUCACUGUUGGUGAAAUGAUCCAUCUGUACUCAUCUUCUCUAUCAAUUUCUUAUGUUCUUUAUAUCUCUAUAUCUUUAUAACACAGAAAUAUACUGUAAAUAAUGUUACAAAAGGGCUGUAUAGGACACUAAAAUGUAAUAAAAGUGUUGGAGUUUAGAGCAGGGACCAGGGACAGAUCUUGUCAAGCAUUCAUUAUUUGCUUAUUUGUGUCUGUUGAAAAGAAAAUACAGACGUUGGGACUUUAGUUUACUGAUUUUUAGGCACUGUUAAGUUUUUAACGCAAAUUUUCGCUUUCAUGGUAAAGUGCUUAAGAAAUGGGUAUCAUUAAUCAGUGAUUUUGCCAUUUCAGUAAACAUUUCUUAAUAUGGGAGUGAUGUUACAGUUAAGCACUGGUGUUAAAAAAUGACAAUGCUUCAUGUGUGUAAGGUGUCCUUGAGUGUCAUAAAAAGGCACUCAUAAACAAAAUAUGUUAUUAUAUGGGAGGAAUGAUGAUAUAAACAUACUGUUGCUGAGACAAUAUCACCUUUUGCAAAAGUGCUUAUAGCACACAAUAAAGUUUAAACAUGUGAA